UAAAUUCUAGUUCGCAUAAAUGUUGUUUGUUUUACUAUACUUUAAACUUUGAACUGUAAAAUUUAAAUACUUCAACUAAAUAAUAAAAUUAUAAUAUGAGUUGUUGUAAUAAGGAAUCAGUCACAAAUAUGGCAUCAAAAACUAUUUUACGUAAAAUAAUAAGCACAGCUUUAGCACCGAAACCAAUUGCACCUUACAAUCAAGCGAUUGUAGCUGAUCGUACUGUCUAUGUAAGUGGUUGCUUGGGUGUAGAUAAGGAUACGGGAAAAUUGGUUGGAGGUGGUAUUCAAAGUGAAGCACGACAAGCGUUAAAGAAUUUGGGUCAUGUAUUAGAUGCUGCUGGUUCGUCAUAUGAAAAAGUUGUCAAAACCUCGUUAUUUUUAAAUGAUAUCAAUGAUUUCAGUGCGGUCAAUGAAGUUUAUAAAGAAUUUUUCAAAAAAGAUUUUCCUGCACGCUCUGCAUAUCAAGUUGGAAAACUACCGGCUGGUGCAAACGUUGAAAUCGAAGUUGUAGCAUUGAGUGGCGACGUGGAAACAGUAACGGCAGUCGAUAGCAAACUUUAAUGAUUAAAUUUAUAGUAUAACAUUUAGUUAAA